CACACUUGUGUUGAGCCUGAGCCUGCUCCCAUUUACUCCCUCCAUUCUUUUUUCUCUUUCCUUUCCUUUCCCUUUCCCUUUAGCUUCAUUUUCUGUUUUCUUUCUGAAUUUUCACAUCACAGUUGGGGAAAGCUUCCCUCUUUUUUUUUCCUCCUUUUCUCUCUUCUGAAACCCAAAAGAAAAAGGAAAAAAAGGGGGGGAAAAGAGUUGAAUUGGGGCAUCGCCCACCUGGCCUUUCGUUUGCCAUUAGCUGUUUGUUUUUUCUGUUACUUUUCUCUGUCACGUACAAGCCCACAACACACAAAAACACAAAUUCCCCCCCUCCCCCUCUCCAUCUCUUUCCUCUUCCUCAACCUUUUUUCCGUGGGUUGAUUUGAUUUUCCCCCUUUUUCUCUCCCCCUUUCUUAGAAAUCCUCGAGAUUGGCGUCUGCGAUUAAGACUUCAGGCCUCUCAAAAUCCUAAUUCUCCUCUCCAUUUCUUUUGGGUCCUUUGAGCAGCAGCAGCACAGAGAGACCACUCACUCACUCAACUAUCUGAUGGAGAGAGGAGGCUCUCUCGGGGAGAGCCUGCCUGAUAACAGAAACAACAAGCUCCACCACCAAUUCAACAAAGACGAAGAACAAGAAGAACCCACUCAACCCUUUUGCUAAAACCGCGAGAUCAGAAGACACAGUGAAAGCAAACAAGGCUGAAGGGGGAAAGAGGAAUUUAUGGCUCUUGCCAUUCAUAGAGAUUCCUUGAAUAAGCAGAUGGAUACGAGUAAGUAUGUGAGAUACACGCCUGAGCAAGUGGACGCCUUGGAGAGGGUAUACGCAGAAUGCCCAAAGCCCAGUUCGUUGAGGAGGCAGCAGCUCAUUCGGGAGUGUCCCAUCCUCUCUAAUAUUGAGCCGAAGCAGAUCAAAGUUUGGUUCCAGAAUCGUAGAUGUCGUGAAAAGCAACGGAAGGAAGCCUCUCGUCUUCAAACAGUAAAUAGGAAGCUGACUGCAAUGAACAAGUUGUUGAUGGAAGAGAAUGACCGUCUGCAGAAGCAGGUCUCUCGCUUGGUCUACGACAACGGAUACAUGAAACAGCAACUGCAUACUGCAUCUGGAACAACCACGGACAAUAGCUGUGAGUCCGUGGUCAUGAGUGGUCAACACCAUCAACAGCAAAACCCAACUAAGCAUACCCAAAAGGAUGCUAAUAACCCAGCUGGUCUUCUUGCGAUAGCUGAGGAGACCUUGGCAGAGUUCCUCUCCAAGGCAACAGGAACUGCUGUCGACUGGGUCCAAAUGAUUGGGAUGAAGCCUGGUCCGGAUUCUAUUGGGAUUGUUGCUGUUUCCCGCAACUGCAAUGGGGUAGCGGCACGAGCCUGUGGUUUAGUGAGUCUUGAGCCUACAAAGGUGGCCGAAAUUCUUAAAGAUCGUCUUUCAUGGUUUCGUGACUGUCGUUGUGUCGACAUAUUAAGUGUAAUCUCUACAGGAAAUGGGGGGACUAUAGAACUCUUAUAUAUGCAGACAUAUGCACCUACAACUUUAGCAGCAGCACGUGACUUUUGGACUCUCCGAUACACUACAAGCUUGGAAGAUGGCAGCCUUGUGAUAUGUGAGAGAUCAUUGACGUCGUCUACAGGUGGCCCUUCAGGACCUCCUCCAUCCAGUUUCGUAAGAGCCGAAAUGCUUCCAAGCGGGUAUCUUAUUCGAGCGUGUGAGGGUGGUUCCCUUAUUCACAUUGUUGAUCAUGUUGAUUUAGAUGCUUGGAGUGUUCCUGAAGUUCUGAGGCCACUUUAUGAAUCAACAAAGAUUCUAGCUCAGAGAAUGACUGUUGCUGCCUUACGCUAUGUACGCCAAAUUUCUCAAGAGGCGAGUGGAGAAAUUCAAUUAGGCGGGGGUCGCCAACCAGCUGUUUUAAGGACCUUCAGUCAAAGGCUUUGCAGGGGUUUCAAUGAUGCAGUAAAUGGAUUUGUGGAUGAUGGUUGGUCACUUAUGGAUAGCGAUGGAGUAGAGGAUGUAACAGUCGUUAUUAAUUCAUCUCCAAACAAAUUCCUCGGUUUGCAAUACAACACGUCAUUGUAUCCUACUUUCGGAGGUGUGUUGUGUGCCAAGGCAUCAAUGUUGCUGCAGAAUGUCCCCCCUGCUUUACUUGUUCGUUUCUUGCGGGAGCACCGUUCAGAAUGGGCUGAUUAUGGAGUUGAUGCGUACUCUGCCACAUGUCUUAAAGCCAGUGCAUAUGCCGUUCCCUGUGCAAGACCCGGUGGCUUCUCGAGUGGCCAGGUCAUCUUGCCACUCGCCCAUACCGUUGAGAAUGAGGAGUUCUUGGAGGUGGUUCGGUUAGAGGGCCAUGCUAUGUUCCCUGAAGAAGCUGCUUUGGCUGGACGAGAUAUGUACUUAUUGCAGUUGUGUAGUGGGAUUGAUGAAAAUGCAGUUGGUUCAUGUGCUCAGCUUGUAUUUGCACCUAUAGAUGAAUCGUUUGCUGAUGAUGCUCCCUUGCUACCAUCUGGUUUUCGUGUCAUACCAUUGGAAUCCAAAACAGAUGCACCUGCUGCAACUCGUACGUUGGAUUUGGCGUCUACUCUAGAAGUCCGACCUGGCACUGCCCGUCCAGGCAGUGAAACUGACGUUACAAAUUAUAACCUCAGGUCAGUCUUGACAAUUGCAUUCCAAUUCACUUUUGAGAACCACAUGCGGGAUAGCGUGGCUGCUAUGGCAAGACAAUACGUGCGAACCGUGGUGGGAUCAGUUCAAAGGGUUGCCAUGGCUAUCUCCCCCUCGCAGCUUGGCUCCCAAAUUGGUCCAAAAAGCCUUCCCGGCUCCCCGGAGGCUCUUACCUUGGCCCAGUGGAUCUGCCGGAGCUACAGGAUCCACACAGGGGCAGAGCUCUUUCAAGUUGAGUCCCAGUCUGAUGAUGCUAUCUUGAAGCAGCUUUGGCACCAUUCAGAUACAAUUUUAUGCUGCUCUGUCAAAACUAAUGCAUCUCCCGUGUUCACAUUUGCAAACCAAGCUGGACUCGACAUGCUUGAAACUACCCUCGUCGCUCUUCAAGAUAUCAUGCUCGACAAGAUCCUUGACGAUGCUGGUCGGAAAAUACUGUGCUCCGAGUUCUCCAAGAUAAUGCAACAGGGAUUCAUAUAUCUUCCAGCUGGGAUAUGCGUCUCGAGCAUGGGCAGGCCGGUGUCAUAUGAACAGGCAAUUGCUUGGAAAGUUUUGAAUGAUGAUGAUGUUCAUCAUUGUCUAGCUUUCAUGUUUGUAAACUGGUCUUUUAUGUGACCAGGUAAAAUGCGGUUAGAUCGGGUUAUUUAUCUACUAAGUUAUAUAGUUAUCCAUCGAGACGAAAAGAACAGUAGAUGUGAAUGUAAUUUGCAGGAUCUGAAGAUAAACUUUCAUAUGCAUUGUGGUUUUGUUUUGGUCAAA